UCCCCGGGAAAACAGUUUCUCGGCAGCAGCGAAGCAUCGAAGCAAAGCAAUGGUGAAAAUAACUGAAGAACUUCUUCUGGAGAAAGGCUCUCCAAAGACCAGCAAACUGGAGCAAAUCACAACGCUGAAUUUGUCCAAGCUCGGGCUGAAGGCUCAGGACUUGCCGGUGCGGCUGCUUUCUCGCCUCCAGUCCCUGGAGCGAUGGGAUUUAUCCGGGAACGGCCUGCAGGAGCUUCCCCGCGGCCUGGAGCUGCCCGAGCUUCGAUUCCUCGACCUCUCAGACAACCAGAUGGAGGAUGUGACCACUCUGGACUCUCUGACCGGUCUGGAGGAGCUCAAGAUGGAGGACAACAUUUACAUCACUGUGAGUGACAACUACAAGCUGAUGGUGCUGUUGCCCAAGCUGAGGAUUUACAACGGCAAAGAUAUCAGCAUCACUGCCAACAACAUGCGCUUCACCUACAGCAGCAACUUACAGCACAGGAUGAUUGCGGUGUGGGAGAAGAGCUUCUGCCUCCCGGAUCCCAUCACGCCGGGGAAAAUGUCCGCCUUGGAGAAAGAGUUUGUAAACACCGUCCGCGAUCAGGUUAAAUUUGGACCCAAUUCAAUCAGUGACUUCACCAAAUGGAGGGUGGAGAUGUUGGCUAAGGAGUAUCUGCGUUCUCUGACAGAGCCCAAGGAGGAAAACGGAGAGAACCAAGAGCCCGCUGACACAAAGAGCUGUAAUGUCACCUCUCCAGUCAAGAGGAAGCAAAAAGCGUCCCUGGACCUUUCCAACAUUCGCCUGACCCCCCUCAAAAAAAGCAGAGCUGACCUCCCAGCCUCCCCGGCUGAACUCACCCCUCGCAAAUCCAGCCGCUUCCAGCUCACACCUCAGAAAUCACAAAUCACCACCAGCGCAAGCAGGAGUAGCCCACGCAAGACGGCCCAGCCCUCUUCUACCCCCGUUAAGGGACAGUCAGAGUUGGCAGAGAGACCCAGGAGGGGUUCGAGAGAGGACAGACAGGACAAACAGAGCAUCGGCACCAGCAAAAAAGAUGUGAAAGCCACCAAGCUGCAAAAAGAGAUCGGCCUGGUGCCCAAAAUAAAGAGCUACAAGACACAGCAGCCGGUGUGUUUGAAGCCUCACCACGUCCUGCAGUGCCACAGCAAACAGGACAGUCCGGACGACUUCACCACGCAGCUCUGGGCCUGCGCGUUCCAGCCCCCGCUCGACCACCGCCACGACGGCGUGGGAGGAAGCCGGCUGGUCGCGACCUGCGGAGGAGACUCGCUCUGUCUGAUCGACUGUGAGACAGGAAUGGUGAUGAAGAAGUACAAAGUCUCCGGCGAGGAGUUCUUCUCCCUGGCUUGGUCCACGGUGUUGAUGUCGAGGGAAGGGGGCGCCUCGGCACGACUUUGCAGCAUCCUCGCAGCCGGCGGGAAGAGGGGCCUGGUCAAACUGAUCCACCCGAGAAAUAACAUCGCCUACGGGGAGUUCAGAGCCAGCCGCAAGGCGCUGUCCGUCCUCCACUUCAACCCACGCCAGGGAACCUUCCUGUUCACCGGAUCAUAUGACAACAAGAUCACCAUGUGGGACAUCGGAGGAGUGGACAGCCAGUACAACUUCAAAGUCAAUCAGUUACUGGCUCUGGACGUCAGCUCCACCCCUCUGCACAUCUGCCUCCCCCCCGCCUCCCCCAACACACACCUGCUGGCCGCCUGCGAGGACGGCCUGCACUGCUACAACACACAGCUCGGUACCAGCACCACCAAGAGGUCCAAGGAGAUGGAGGUGACGUUCCCCAUAUAUAAGGAGCAAGAUAAGGACCAUGACUACCGCACCAUUGAUGGCCUAAGAUUUGUCACCGAUGACAUAGUGGCCUCCAAGAGCUGCUCGCAGGGAUCCAUCUACCUGUGGAGCUGGAGCAGGACCAAGGCCCAGCAGCCGGACAGGAAGACCAGGGAGGUUUGCGCUGUGCUUCUGGCUGAGCUGCAGUGGGCCACCACCGAGAUUCCCUACCUGUCUCUCAACACCUGUCCCGGGGAAGGUUACAUCGCCUGUGGUGAUGAUAAAGGCAGGCUGUGGACCUACCAUGUCACUAACCUCCAAGGCACUUUCCAGGCUGGGAAACCCAUACCACCCACUGAGGUGUUGGAGUGGCCGAACCCGGUGAGCCGUGGCCAGGUGGACGGACCCUCGAUCAACAGCGUUGCCGUGGACCCGGAGCUCUGCUACCUGGUGGCCCUCAGCGACAAGAACAUGGUGGUGGUGUGGAAGAGGGUGGAUUCCUCCUGAGCAGUGGAGUCUGUGUCAUUUGGCUCAGAACAGAGGUGAAUCACAUCCCAGGGUGUGAUCCUGCAAACCUGCUGCUAUUUUACCCAUAUUUUUUUUGGUAUUUGCAGCGAUCCUAAGAUUUCCAAAGCUCUCAAGAGUUUCAAAAUGUUGGAGGAUCAAAAACUUUAGAGCAACAUCUAAUUUGAACUAACAGGGGUAAAGUCCCAUAUACCUGUCUUUGAGAUGAGCUGCAGUGUUGCUGCUUGUUUGUUUGUUCAUUCUUUGUUUGUGUAGGAAAAGUGACAUUCAUGGUGAUAUUGCAGCUGGAGCUGACAGAGGAAAUACUCGGGAAGAUAGUAACAACCGUCUUGAUUUAAAAUAUCAAAAUGCAAAGAUUUGCGUACAAUCAGUGAUAAGUGGAAUAUAACAUACAUACACACAGUCAGACCAUGUGUGCAUGUGUGAGAGGCAUAAUGCAGCAAGAAAUGCUGUGUGUGUGAAUAUAUACACAUACGUAUGUAUAUAUUUUUUUAAGAUCUUACAAAUCUUUUUUAUUAUUGUAAUUUUUUUUUACUGAUUUACAUUGUUUCAAAUGUAAAAGAUUUUAAUUAAUGUGAACUGGAUUGGCUUCUAUAGUAGGUCAAGGUUCUGCAAACACACUCCUGUCAGUGAAGCAAGCAAUGCAGACUGGCAAGUGGUCGCUGAGUUUAUAAUUUCUACGUUAUAGUACCGUUCCUCAUAAUUAUCUGUAUGUUUUUGAUCUAAAUGCGAUGUAGAUCAUUUGCAAGCUGCAGUUGUAUUUUGUAUUUUAUGACUUGUCUUGAUGUAAUAAAUCAGGAGUUUCAGUGGUAAACUUUGCCUUAUUUCAUUCAGCAGUGGGAUCAAAAAGGACUGGACAAUAGGACAAAGUUCAGUUUAAAAAUACACCUACAACCGGAGAACAGGCCUGUUCCAUUAAUAGCCUCUUCUCUUUGUGU